AACUUAAAUCCUAACAGGUCACAGAGAGCUCAUCACUAUGUUAGACAACUUUGUAUGGUUUGAAGGGAUACCUUUCCCUUCUUUUGACAUAUGUUAUGAAACCAUAAAAGAUGUACGAGACAAUUUUGUGAUAAAUGAUGACGAUGUAUUCACAGUUGGUUACCCUAAAUCAGGAAACAACUGGGUGGUUGAGAUUAUUUGCCUGAUUAUCUCCAAGGGGAAUCCUAAGUGGAGUCAAUCUGUGCCUAUUUGGGACCGCUCGCCCUGGAUAGAGACAGACUAUGGGCAUAAAUUAAUAAGUGAAGCAGAGAGACCUUUGUUGUCCAGCUCCCACCUACCCUUCCAGCUAUUUCCAAAAUCUUUCUUUAGUUCAAAAGCCAAGGUGAUUUAUAUCAUGAGAAAUCCCAGAGAUAUUCUGGUGUCUGGUUUUCAUUUCUGGAAUUCAUUUAAAAGUAAUUCAGAUGUGACUUCUCUGGAACAAUAUUCAGAAAGGUUCUUACAAGGAAAUGUGCCUUGGGGAUCAUGGUUUGAGCAUGUUCGUGGCUGGUUAUCCAUGAGAGGGAGGGAAAACUUCCUUGUUUUGACUUAUGAAGAGAUGCAAAAGGAGUCUCUGGGGAUUGGAAGACUCACUUCACUGUAGCUCAAGCAGAUGCAUUUAAUAAAGUGUACCAGGAGAAGAUGUUAGGAUAUCCACCAGGGCUGUUUCCAUGGGAAUAGUGUCUAAAAUUUUUGGAUAUUAAAAGGAUAGGUAUAUUGGGGCUCGUUUAUUGGAACAUGUGCAUGCAUUGAGAAAGUGGCCAUAGCAUAAAAAAUUAUUUAAUGCUGGAUCUUUAAAUAAUCAAAUCUUUACAUCUUGCUCUCUUUCCUUUCUUAAAUAACCAGAGUACUCCUAUGCAAUUAAUGAAAUACAUAAUUUAAAAAUUUUUGUAAUAACUGAAAUACAUAGGAUGCUAAAAAAAUAAUAUUACUUAAAUUUUGUCAAUUGUUUACAGUAAGACAUACAAUUCCAGAAGCACUUAGGACUUUUCUUCCUUCAUAUCAUGUGGUGUAUUUCCUGAAUAUAUUUUCAUCCGAACACUUAAGAGAAAAGAUUCUUAAUGUUUUCUUGUUAUUUCAUUCUGUUGUGUUUGAACAUAAACAAUAAAAAUUGAUAUCUAUGGA